CUGCCACUUCCUCCUCUAGGCUAGUGACGACAAGGCGUUAGCUUAAUCCAUGCUAGGAUUGACCUUCCUGUUACGUUAGUAAAUAUUUACAAAAUGUGACACAGUUUGUGUACAAUUUGGGCAAAGCUGGCGACGUAAUUGUCCCGAAAAUGUCGAGCCUCGCAGCCAGACGCGCAUGUUGUGGCGUGUCGCUGAAAAUUACUCGGCCUUCAUUUAACCUGUCAAGAUACGAUGGAUGCUCACAAACACACGUGGAGAACUUGCACAGAAGAAGAAACAGAUGCCUGCAGAGCUACACAAUAACUGUAACUCGUCUUUUAAGCUCUCAACCACACAAUUCAAAGGUACCACAGGCUGCAACAUGGAAACCAGUACCAGAGGACCAACUUCCCCCGCCUACCCAAAUCCCUGCUGACCUGGUGGACAAACUGGAGCGACUUGCCCUGGUUGAUUUCCGCACUAAACAGGGACUUGACUGUUUGGAGAAAGCUAUACGGUUUGCAGACCAACUUCAUGUUGUUGACACGUCAGGGGUUGAACCAAUGGAUUCUGUUCUGGAAGACAGGUCAUUACACCUGAGGGACGACGCAGUGAUGGAAGGGGACUGUGCUGAAGAACUGCUUCAGCUCUCCAAAAACACAGUUGAAGAAUAUUUUGUGGCACCACCAGGAAAUAUUCCCCUACCAAAGAGGGAGGAGAGGGCCACCAUGCUGAAGCACUCAGAGUUCUGAUAUUUAUCCCAAAUUUUCCAUCUGGGAAGUUGUUUUUUCAAACAAACCAAAAAAAAAGAAAGAAAAGAACUCCAUCUAACUGCUAGUCAUGCAUCCAGUUUUUGUAUUUUUCAGUUUCAUUUGACACCUGCUGUAUAGUUUUCAUUCUUUAGUUUCAGUUUCAUGUUGUUGAAAUUGUGAAUGAGCAGUGUGUUGCCAACCUGUAUUGCUUCUGGCAGUACAUUGUUUUAAUGUUAUUUGUGUCUUGUUUUUAUUCUAGUGUUUUUCAAAAAACAAUACGUAAUUUUCUCUUUCUGUUUUGUUUCCAUAGAAAAUGUCUUUUAUGAACAGGUGGUUAUCAUGUCAUGUGAUGGAAUGAUUUGCAUUCCUAGUUCAAACUAGACUGUCCUGAUUUGACCAUACAUAAGAUAAUCCAGCCCUCUA